CUCCUGCCUGAGCUCCAGCGCUCGCGCUGAAAAAUCGAAGGAUUUUACACGGCGGACGGCGGCGGCAGCCUGAGCUCCUCUGAAACAUGUGGCACGCGGCGGUGCACUGAACGAGCACUUCAAGACCAAUCCCGCAGCGCGAGAGCCUCUCUGUUUUUUUUCGUUUCCUCUUCUUCCCGAGACGAGUGACGGACAUGCCGUACCGUCCAGCGCUGCUGCUCCAUCACUGAAGGGACUGACCGGAGGCUCAGAGCUGAACUUGGCGAAGAAGUUCCCCUGUGAGCCCCCCAGGGCCUCGGACGCGCGCUGCAAUUUUUGUUUUGUUUUUUUAUUAUUUAAUUUUUUUACAACUCACGCUUAAAGCUGCAUAACCGAGGCGAGACGGCGACCUCAGUCGAUUAUCUCUCCUUCCUUUGCUAUCCAAUGGAUAUUCACUGCAAGGCAGACCCCUUCACGGCCAUGCACCGGCAUGGGGGUGUAAACCAGUUAGGCGGGGUGUUUGUGAAUGGCAGACCCCUACCUGAUGUGGUCAGGCAAAGGAUCGUGGAGCUGGCGCAUCAAGGGGUCAGACCCUGUGACAUCUCCAGACAACUCCGGGUCAGCCACGGCUGUGUCAGCAAAAUCCUCGGCAGAUACUAUGAAACCGGCAGCAUUAAGCCUGGAGUUAUUGGCGGGUCCAAACCUAAAGUGGCCACUCCAAAAGUAGUGGAUAAAAUCGCAGAGUACAAGCGGCAGAACCCCACCAUGUUCGCCUGGGAGAUCAGAGACAGACUGCUGGCGGAAGGAGUGUGUGACAACGACACAGUGCCAAGCGUGUCGUCUAUCAACAGGAUAAUACGGACCAAAGUUCAACAGCCUUUCCAUCCAUCUCCUGACGGGACAGGGACCACACUAACCACAGCGGGACACACUAUAGUGCCUAGCACAGCCUCUCCACCCGUAUCAAGUGCUUCCAAUGACCCGGUGGGCUCCUACUCCAUCAACGGCAUCCUUGGAAUCCCUCGCUCUAAUGGCGAAAAGAGAAAACGUGAUGAUGUUCUCUGGAGUGGCAACCACUUGGAUGGGAGGAAAAUAGGAUAUUAUGGCUCAGAUGGCUCUGGCCCAAACAGUGAUUCUCAGGGUAGUGUGGAGAGUUUACGGAAGCACCUGAGGGCCGAUGCCUUCACUCAGCAGCAGCUGGAGGCUCUGGACCGGGUGUUUGAGCGACCGUCGUACCCCGACGUCUUCCCAACGUCAGAGCACAUCAAGCCAGAGCAGGCUAAUGAAUACGCACUACCAGCACUGAACCCAGGACUGGACGAGGUCAAGCCCAGUCUGUCGACCAGCGCCAGCUCAGAAUUGGGCUCCAGCGUGUCACAGAGCUACCCGGUAGUGACAGGUCGAGACAUGGCCAGCACGACUCUCCCAGGCUACCCUCCGCAUGUCCCCCCCACUGGGCAGGGAAGCUACCCCACCUCAACACUUGCUGGAAUGGUCCCUGGAAGCGAUUUUUCAGGAAACCCCUACUCCCAUCCACAAUACACAACUUACAAUGAGGCUUGGCGGUUCAGCAACCCUGCAUUAUUAAGUUCCCCUUAUUAUUAUAGUGCCGCAUCCCGGGGCUCCGCCCCUCCCACUGCUGCCACUGCCUAUGACCGCCACUAGUUACCAUGGCAACCCAAUCAAACUGCAGCACCAUGGUCGUGGCCUCCAUAUUGUACCAGUCUGAAUGGCAUUAAGGUCCACGGGAUUGAACUUGACUCUACAAUCUUCAGUUUGGUGGGGUCAAGCUGAGAUUAAGAGGGUCAAGCAGCGGUGGGUUUUUGCCUCACACAUUUCUUGGACCCCCUGAUCAUCGACACCAGAGCCCUCGUACUUCUUCGACGCGCCGGAAACUGACUGAGCAAUUUUCCGAAAAGACUCUGAAAGAUUAUACAAAAUAUAUAUAUUAUAAAAUAUAAAACAUGACAAACCGUGUGAAAAAUACAAAGUAACAAGUGAUGUGUUUUUUUUGUUUUUUUGGUUUUUUCCCAUCAAUACAUUCCUUUACAUACUGUACUUAGUAUCACUGACCAAGGAUCGAUUGAGGCAUUUAGGACUGUCCUUUGCCAAUGUCCUACCAUUAUCACUGUCUCACCUCUCACGGACACAUCAAUUAUGCACGGAGUACAGAGAAGGAGAGAACUGCAGUAGAGGGCUUUCACUCAAACCCCUACUAUAAUGACCAGUUUAGUCAUCUGCUGCCUCUGAGUGAUAGCAUGAUGAUAGCAAAAGACGUACACUGUUUUCUGUGAUACACAAUCAUGUGUAAAAGUCUGACUACUAAGAAUAAAAAAACAGAAAACUCCGAAUGGUCUGAAAAGAAAAGAAUUUAUUAAGUUAUAGCUGUGUUUGGAUUUAAUGAAUUUCUCUUUCCUUUUUUUUUUACAUUUAAUGCCAGUUUUCUGUCUUGCAGUUCAUUCAGUUCCGACUUCAUGACCAAUAUUAUAUGCUUUGCUCAUUUUUGCACUAUUUAAUCAUAAGGACAUUGAGCUAGCAACGUUUACCAGACUACAUGCACAAACAUGUACAACUACUCAUUCUAAAUGCUAACUGUGUAGCAUAAUUGGGCAAAAUAAUUGAACAU